AUGGCGGACAAGAUCUCAAUUACCAUCUGUGGCGACGGCGGAUGUGAGGACUCAUACUCGAUCACCCGCACAGUCGAUGGCCUUCCCUAUUUCCUUUCAAUUACCGAUACCGCAGGUCAGGAGGAAUAUCGCGGGCUAUGGACGGCGUCGACGGUGAAAUCGGACGCGUUUCUGCUGGUCUACGACAUUACGAAUCCCUCGAGCUUGGAGACUUUGAAUUACUUCAUGGACAUGAUCAACAUGGAAGCUGAACAGCGCGUUGAGGACAAUGAGCGACUACGAAAGGAACUCGGCGAUAAAGGUGCAGGAACCUCCGUUGGCCUCCCACCACCAGUGAAGAUCGUAGCGGGCAACAAAUGCGACCUGAAAGAUGGGCGCGCCGUCACCUCGCGCGAAGGGCUGGAAUAUGCGCGUAAGAAUGGUUGUGGGUUCAUGGAGACCAGUGCGCGCGAGAUGGUCAAUAUCGAGGAGACGUUUGCUCAUUUGGUGCGUCGGGUGGUUGAAACCCGUCGGCUUUAUUAUCAGUCCGCUGUGGGCGCGCCGUUGCGAUUGCCAUCGCGAGCUGGGCACUCCGUCCACACUACGGCGCUUCCACUGACAACAGCGGACGCUAGUAUCGGGCGGGGGUCUCGAUUUCGGCCGCAUCGGUUUUUUGCGUUUGGGAAGGGCCGAAAAUUGACCGAGAUCAUGGCUGACCAACAUGCACACAAAGACGGACAGGAACCGAUCGACGAGGUCACGAGGAUGCCAAAACAUGGUAUCGACCGGGAAAAAUCGCCCGGAAUAUUCCUCCGAAAGAUGUGGUAUGGCCGAGACGGUAAGUCGGGUCUGCAAGAGAAUAUCCACGGGUUGGGCGGCACUCAGGCACGCCUUGAAGAGCUAUCGGGGUCUGGAUUCUCGAGGAGCAAGUUGCCCUAA